AUGACUUAUACAAUUUCAUAUAAAAAUAUACCUCAACAUUUAAUGUUACCAAAUAUUCUUGUAUGUAAUAAUUUACCAUAUACAGUAGCUGGAAUAGAAUAUAACAAUAGUGAUAAAGAAAUCACAACAUUAAAUCAUAAAACAAUCCUAAAAUAUUUAAAUUUUUUAACUAAUUCAUCAUCAAUACAAGAUUUACCAAUGAUGUUAUCAGAGACUGAAAAAAAUUCAUCUGAAAAUAUUAUUAACAAGUCAUUAAAAUUUAAUGAGACUGGUACAAAGAAACAACGGUUAUCAAUGCUUUUUUAUACCUCAUGUCAAGAUAUUAUAAAUAGUUGUACUAUAAAUGGUACCAUUUACUCUAGUUAUAAUUGUUGUCAAAGAAUAACUAUGAAUAUAGGUACAUUAAAUGGUAUAUGUUUUAUUUUUAAUAGUAGUACAUUACAAACAAAUUUUAACUUAAGAAACAAUCAAAAUAUUGGUAUAAUUUUUCAAAUAUCAAGAAAUUCUUUCAUUUUUAAUGGAAUAAAUAAUCAUCCAGGUUUAAGUAUUUAUUUGAUUGAUGAAAAUGAUGGUAAAAAUAAAUAUCAAUUUCAAAAUAGUGAGUCUUUUCAUUUAAAAGAUAAAAAAGGAUUAAAAUUAUUUUUAAAGAAAAAAGAAAGUUUAGAUCAAUUAAGAUAUAGUUGUGGAGUUACAGGUAUAUCAGAUAAUGAUAUUGAUCAAAAUUGGAAAUCUCCUUUUGAAUGUUUAUUGGAAGCUGGUAUAAGAGAUUGUAACUGCCAUCCAUUAAUUUCUGAAUAUCUCAUUGAUAAUACUUCCACAUUAUAUAAAUUGAUUAAUAAUACUUCAAUAUGUUUAGUAAAUCAAUUACAUGAUUGUUUUUAUCAAUAUUUACAUUAUUCAUAUAAUCAAAAAUUUUAUGAAAAUGAAGCUGUUUAUAAAUUAUUUCAAAACAAAUCAAUACCAACAUGUUUAAGGAAAUAUCAACCACCAUGUUAUUUAAAUUCUUUUACAAGUAGAAAACAAUAUUAUAAUUUGAGACCAGAUUACAAUUCAACAAAAGAUUUUAUUGCAGAAAUUCAAAUUGGAUAUGAAAGUUUAGUCAAUCAUAAAGAAAUAUAUUCAAAUACUUAUGAUCUGUUUUAUUUACUGUCGUCUAUAGCUUAUAAUUUUACAUUUUGGUUUCAUCUUCCAAUAUUAGUAUUUAUUUUAAUUUAUCUACACUCUUUGAAAGCUGAUAAAACAUAUACAACAAUUGAAAAAUUAGGUAGAUCAAGAAUCAGACUUUCACAAAGUGCAAUAAAUAUUAAUCAUGCAAAUCUUGAAAGAGAUAAAAAUGUUGUUGAAAAUGAUAAUCAUUUAGUUAAUAAUCUUAAUGUUAUUGUACCAAGGAAGAAAAACAUUGAAUCUAAUGUUUUUGAAAAUAAUUAA